AUGUCCGACUCGCACCCCGCCGACCCAGGUCCCUCGUCAUCAUCCACCGCUCCUCCCCUCUCCAAGACGGAGCCCGCAACAGCAGGGAUGGAGGCGCCCGCAUCUGCGGAGGGUACAGAAGCGCAGGUGGAGGAGAACGGGGACGCGGCGAUGGUCUCUGCGGAGGAAGCGGGCGACUCGGCUCCCCCUCCCCCUCCUCAUCCUGAAUCUGCAACGGGCGAGGCUGCCGCCGCGCCUGCGGAGAAUGGGACGAAUACGGACCCGGCGACUGAGGGGAUGGAGUCUACCGCCGCUCCUCCCGCCGCCUCUGAACCCGCGACAGCCGGCAUGUCGACCACCCGUCCUCGUUCCCCUCCUCCUCCCGCCGAAACCGACGAGCAACGCGCCGAGAAGCGUCAAAAGCUCGAAGGGCUCAAACGCGAAGCUCGCCAGCGUGGCAACCGGAUGUUCGGGAUGAUGUUGGGCACAUUGCAGCGUGCUAAGAAGGAGGUGAGGAAAGUUGAGGAGACGGAUGCGGGGAGGAAGAGGGCCGAGUUGGAGGGCAAGUUGAGUGAGAGGUUGAGGGAGGAGAGGAGGGAGGCGCAGGAGAAGGAGAGGAGGGAGAGGGAGUUGAGGGAGGUCAAGAAUGAGGUGCAUCGGAGGGAAGACAACCUUGCGCAUGCCGAGGCUAUCUACCGCACGCGGCACAACGCCAAACUCGACCUCGCCGGCUUCCUCUGCACGACCUUCGCCCCUUCCUCUCCGCCAACCACCACCGACUCGAUCUCGAUCCCCUUCAUGCCCCGCCUCCCCCACGCGAUGAAGCUGACCGACCCGCGCGCCGUCCGCCCAAUCUACUACCUCCCCCACCGCCUGCUCCCCUCGCAAGAAGACCGGAUCGAAGAUCAGAUUUCGGAUGCGAAGAAGGCUAUCCGAAGGGACAGGGAAGACUGGGACGAAGUGAGGAGGGAAAAGGUGGAGAAGUUGGAGGAGGCCAAGAAGAGGAGGAACGAGUUGGGGGAUGAGCAGGAGAGGGCGCAGAGGGUCGAGAGGCAGAAGAGGAGGAGGGAGCAGGAGGAGAGGAUGGAGGAGGAUGGAGACGCGAGAACGGCGAGGGGUCCCGCGGCCAGCAGGAGGAGGAGCAGGUCCCGAUCGAGGAGCAGGUCGAGGUCGAAGGAUGCGGCGGCGGCGGGCAAAACGGCGGUCGACGAUGACGGCGCGCGUCGUUCGACCAGCCCAGGGGCAGCAGCAGUGUCAGCGUCGGCGUCGGCGUCGAAGCAGGACGACGUCUCGAUGGCGACGGAAAACGGGGCCAGCGACGAGCAGCCCGCGGCGGCUGCGGCUGUCAGUGCGGCGUCGGAUGCCAAGAUGGACGACGAGCUCGAGUACUGA